AUGGAGUUUAUAAUGUCAGAAACUCAUGGAUUAAAAGGUUUAACUAACGAUGAUCUACAAGAUCUAUUGAAAGGGAAAUUUGGACCAGGAGUUAAUGUCACAGAUUGUACCUCAAGAAAUGCUACAGCAGCUGGUGAAAAUUAUGGAAGUAGCUUGUUUUUGCUUACUGUUAAUAUUUUGAAUAAUAAUGUACAUCAAAUUCACCAUAUUAUAGCAAAAUUGUUACCUCCAACACAAUUUUUACGUGAAGUUUUCAAUGUAGAUGUUACUUUUGAAAAGGAAAUAAAUUUGUAUAAAUUGGUGUAUCCUGCGUAUCUUGAAAUGCAGCAAGAAUGUGGAUUAGAAAAGCAUGAGAUUGUAAAUUUAGUUCCACCUUUCUAUGGUGCUCGUAUUUCACCAAUGAGAAGUAGUAUCACAGAUUUUGAUGCUGUACUUUUGAUGGGAAACUUAAAAGUACAGAAUUAUCAGAUGGCAGAUAGAUUGGGUGGGUUAGAUUUGAAACAUUGUGAACUCAUAAUGCAGAGUCUUGCUUCAUUUCAUGCACUUGGUGUUGCUCUCAGAGAAAAGAAACCAGUUAUAUUUAAGGAAACUGUAUUAAAAACCACUACACAUUUUCAUAUUGGGGUUAAAGGAGAAGAUGAGGUGCAGGAAAGAAAGACUUUUGUGGAAACAUUAGUUAAAAAUGUGCCAGAGUGCCGUUGUUAUUUUGAGAAAAUGGUUAAUCAUAUUGUAUCUCGUAUAAAAGUUGAAAAUAAAUCCUUAGCAAAGGAACCAUUUGCAACGUUAGUGCAUAAUGAUCUAUGGACAAAUAAUAUAUUGUUUAAAUAUGAAGAAGGUUCUCAAAAUAGAUCGCUACUGGACAUGAAAUUAUUAGAUUUUCAACUUACUCUAUUUUGUUCUCCUGUUCGAGAUCUAAUUUUCUUUUUGUAUAGUAGUGCACAGAGGAAGGUGGUAGAAAAUCACUAUGAUCAUUUAAUUAAUAUCUAUUAUGAAUCUUUUGUUAACUUAUUAAAAAAAUUGAAAUGUGAUAUUGAAAGUUUCUCAAAAACAGCAUUUUUAGAAGAAAUCAAUACUUUUGCACCAACGCAAUUUUACCAUAUUCUUUUCAUGUUGGGUGUGAUUUAUGCUCAAAAUGAUGAAACUGAGGAUCUCCAUGAACUGACUUCUAAAGAUCAUCUGAUUGAAGUGGGCCGUUCAAAAAUGUGUCAGAGGAAGAUAAUUGAAGUAGUUCAAGAUUUUGAUAGAAAAGGCUGGAUUAGAGAAACUUGCGAACUGUAAAUUAAACUUUGAUAUGCUUGAGAAAUAUGUAAUCAGUGAAAAAACACAAAAAAACUCAAUAAAUCAACAAUUUAAUUACCUGUUUUUGAUGAAUAAACAGGUAGUAUCACAGGCAAGUGAAGUGUCAUGUGUAACUCUUUAUUUCUUUGUUUGUUCUUUAGACAUUACUAUUUCAGCCUCAUGCUAUUUCUUGCUAAA